AUGGGGGAACUGUUUUCAAUAAAGAACUUGUUCAUAUGCUCGAGCGAAAGGAGCGUGGAGGAGCUGCGGACGGCCAUGGAGGGGCUCCUUAAAAAGGAGAAAGCCGAAGGUGCAGGGGGGGAUGAAGGCACAGGGGAGUCAAAACAGGGAGGAAAAAAGUACGAGAUGAUUAAGGACUACAUGGACGCAAACAAAAAUAAUGUGCUCCAUUUUGCAAUUUACGGAAAUAAUAUGAACAACGUCAAAUUUAUAAUUGAAAACACAAAUUUAAUAAAUAGCAUAAAUAAUGAAGAGCAAAAUGGACUGAUAAUUAGUGUCCUCAACAGAAAUACGGAAAUCUCCAAAUAUUUAAUUGAACAAAAUAUUGACUACAAUCAGAAGGACAAACAUAUGGCGAAUGCUUUAUUGUACAGUUUGAUCACACAAAAUUAUGAAAUUUUCAACAUACUUAUGGAAAAAAAAGAUAUAGACAUCAAUGUUAACAGCUUUGAAAAGGGGAAUUUAUUAAGUGUAUCAAUAUUUGAAAGGAACAUACAAGUGUUAAAAAAAUUGUUCAAUAAAUUUAUUUGUCCCUUUGUUGAGAAAAGUAUAUAUCCUCACCCUCUUCUGUACAUUACUUACAGUAACGACAAUGACUUGCUGUUCCUUUAUUUAACCUACUGUUUGUAUUACUGUACGAAGGAUGAUACAUUUUAUGAGAUAAACAAAUUGAACUUUGACCCAUCCAAGGAGGAGAUUUACGUCGAUUUGGACCAUCCACAGGUGAUUCGUUCCAUUUGGGACAAUUCCAGUUAUGACCUCAGCGCGUUUAAGGAUAUAUUAAACAUGACAGACGAAAAUGGCACUCCUUUGCUUAGCACGUGUAUCAAUAAUGGGAAUCCCCUCGGGAAGAACAUUUUCGACUACUUCAGAGCCUCAUCAUCGACGCCGUUUGCGGAGGGCAUCCUGAGGAUAUUCCCUGCGAACGACUCCAUAGACGGCAUACUGGUGCACCUGCCAUAUAAGUUUAUAAAGCACAGGGUUCACAGUAGGGGAAUAUACUUGCACACCAAUUUUGAUGACCUCGAUGCGGUGAUCAAUUUGGUGGAAAUGCAGAAGAGGAUUACCAACUUACAUUGCAAUUUGAGGAAGGAAAAAGGGGAAUUCAUCCGUGGGGGUGCAAUCCAGGGGAAAGCCACCCACGGGGAGGACGUGCUAAUUACGAACAAUUGUGUGCUCUUCGUUCACAUAAAAUAUAAAGACAGCUUAAAGAACAUUUUCCAGUUCAUGGAUUAUCUGCACAAACAUACAAGUGCCACUGCGUUGGUCUUCAUUUGUGAUAAUUUCCUAUAUGACAACGAGAUAUACAAUCCGCACGAGGAUCUGAACACAACGAUCCUGCAUUCCAGUGUGCUGACAUACUUGGUGCCAUACGACUCCAUGAUAGCUUAUCAGCAGAAGGAUCAGUAUGAUAAGUACACGUUUGAGUUGUAUUGGGGAAUAACAAACAAGAGUGAUGUUGUGCAUAUAAAUUAUCAUUUAGACUUUGGGAAAUAUUUUAACUACACUUUUUUUCACUACAUGAAAAACUUCCUUCUCGACUUGAAGGAGCAUAUAACGUAUGAGAUUCAUUUUAGCAUUCACAAAAAUUUUACCAUCGACCCCCGCUUUUGCUUCAUCCGUGAUUCGUCCUACUGUAUAAGCAAGCCUGACUACAUGAACUCCAAUGUUGUGAGGGAGGUGGUGGAGCAGCAGGUCCGCAGUUUGUGCGUCUACCAGUUGACCGCCACGGGGGGAGACGACCACAAGGGGGGGAAAAGCACCACAGGGGAGAACCUCCCAACCUACGCACAGAACAAACGGUUCAGCGAAAAAUUCAUCCAGUACAUAAAUGCCCUGUUCGACUUUGGGUUCGAAAAAAAUCUCUGCUCCAGUGGGUCGAACGAUUUGUCGAAAAAAUGUUCGGACAAAAUUUUAGCCCACUUGGGGGUACCCGUGCAGGAAGUCAACAAAUGCUUUUUAAAAAAUUUCCACGCUUAUAUGAAGGACAUGAUAAAAACCAAGUUCUAUGUUUACUCGAUACAGAUAAAUGGGCAUACAUACAAGCUGAAGCUGAACAAGGACAUUAGCAUACGUCUGAUCUGUUCUGCCUUCCGUGUCAUGCCCAAGCGCUGUGCAGAUUACUUUGCGGGCGGCGUUUACGGCACCUCCUUGGUGAGGAAGAAGAGUAAGAAGAAGGAGUUGGUGGCCUUCUACAUCCUCCUGCUUCUGGUGGUGUCGCACAUCUUGGGGACGCUCCUGAAUUAUCUGGUAUCUUGCCACCUCGACGCGAUCGAGCAGAAGGACUAG